UGCGUAGAUCGCGGAGCGGUCACAUAGACAGUUUUGUGACAGAGUUGAUCUGUGCGUACCGGAUUGUGAGGGGCCAUGCAAAUAAGGCACUUGAAAUCGAUCAUACCACAGGCAGAUUCACCGCAGCGAGUCACUGCACUGGCAUGGUCGCAAAAUAAUCAGAAACUAGCCGUCGUCGGCCUCGACAGAGUGGUGCAACUUUUUGACGAAACUGGGGAAAGAAAGGAUCGAUUCGCUACCAAGCCGGGUGAUCCGAAAGCCGCAAAGUCGUACUACAUAUGCGGGUUAGCGUUUUCUCCUGACUCGACGAAAUUGGCAGUCGCCCAGUCCGACAAUGCUGUCUUCGUGUACAGACUUGGCCUUGAAUGGGGAGAGAAAAAGUCAAUUGUGAAUAAGUUUAUACAAGCGGCAGAAAUAACUUGCCUCACAUGGCCGAAAGAGCAACCAAACGCUCUGGUGUUCGGUCUUGCGGACGGCAAGGUACGGGUAGGGAAUCUGAAGACCAAUAAGGCGGCCACGCUUUAUCAAACCGACAGUUGCGUAGUAUCGGCGGCCAGCAGUGUCGACGGAAAUGCUAUAAUAACUGGACACUUGGACGGGUCCAUCAAUCGCUUCUUCUUUGAUGAUGGAAUAUCUGGCGCUUCACAGGGAAAAUUUGCAACGCAUCAAUGUGCACCAAUUGCGCUUUCCUGGGGCGAGAGCGUUGUCGCAUCUGGAAGUGACCGUGUUGUAGUGUUUUAUGAUCAAGAAGGGCGAGUGAUGCAAGAGUUUGACUACAGUCGGGACGAUGAAGAGCAAGAUUUCACGGUCGCAGAGUUUAGCCCGAGUGGUCAAAGCGUUGUCCUUGGAAGCUAUAAUCGGUUUCAUGUCUACAACUACAUUGGCUCAACUGGACAAUGGGAGGAAGCCCCAUUGAAAACAAUCGAAAACUUCUACACUGUUUCUGCCAUAUCAUGGAAACCUGAUGGGUCUCGUCUAGUUGCAGGAAAUAUGUGCGGGGCUGUGGAACUGUUUGAUUGUUGCCUCCGCCGAUCGCGAUACAAGGGCAAAUUUGAAUUCACUUACGUAUCGCCGAGUCAAGUUAUCGUGAAGCGAUUAUCGACUGGAUCCAGGAUCGUCCUCAAGUCCCAUUAUGGUUACGAAAUACAGAAAGUUAACAUAUUCAGGGAUCAGUAUCUCAUCGCGAACACACCCGACACACUGUUAAUGGGCGAUCUGGCUACAUGCAAGCUCAGCGAGAUUCCAUGGCAAGGCAGCGGGCAGGAAAAAUUCUACUUUGAGAAUCCCGCGGUCUGCAUGGUUUUCAAUGCAGGCGAGCUGUCGUUAGUCGAAUACGGAGUGAACGAAGUCCUUGGAUCCUGUAGGACGGAGCACAUGAGCCCUCAUUUGAUUAGUGUUCGAUUGAACGAACGGAAGAAUGAAGAAGACGUGAAGAGAGUCGCUUAUCUUAUCGAUCUACAAACUAUCAGCGUUUUGGAUCUAAAUAGCUCUGUCACACUGGCAACAAUAAAUCAUGACAGUCGGAUUGACUGGUUAGAGUUGUCAGGCAAAGCAAACAAGUUGCUUUUCAGAGACAAGAAACGCCAACUCCAUCUCUACGACAUCCCUAGCCAGACCCGAUCAACUCUGUUGAACUUCUGUAGCUACGUCCAGUGGGUCCCAAAUAGUGAUGUCGUCGUCGCCCAAAGUCGCGGAAAUCUCUGUAUUUGGUACUCCAUCGAUUCCCCAGAAAGAGUUACAAUGUUCCCUAUAAAGGGUGAAGUGGAAGACAUUGAACGAAAUGAUGGAAAGACCGAAGUCAUUGUGGACGAGGGUGUAAAUACCGUGUCGUACACCCUCGAUGAAGGUCUCAUCGAGUUUGGCACGGCCAUUGAUGACAAGGAUUAUGAACGAGCAGUAGCGCUGCUCGAAACGCUUGAAAUCACGCCAGAGACGGAUGCGAUGUGGAAGAGCUUGAGUCAGAUGGCACUAAAGGAUCGGAACUUGACCAUCGCAGAAAGGUGUUUUGCCGCCCUGGGCGACGUCGCUCGUACCCGCUACCUGCAUCAGGUUAAUAUAGCAGCCAUUGCUGUUGCAGCUGAAAGCCCUCUGCCCCCGACAGAUCAUUAUUCCAUCAAAGCACGACUGGCCAUUCUCGACAAGCAGUUCAAAGUUGCCGAAGCGAUCUAUCUUGAGCAGGGAAAAAUAGAAGAAGCCAUGGAAAUGUAUCAGGAGCUACAUAAAUGGAACCUCUCCAUUAAAGUGGCGGAAGCGAAGAAUCAUCCGGAGCUGGAUACUUUGAAGCGAAACUAUUUCCAGUGGCUGAUUGAUUCGGGCCAGGAGGACAAAGCUGGUCAGCUUAAAGAAGAAGAAGGUGAUUUAGUGGCGGCAGUCAAUCUUUAUAUGAAAGGAGGCAUGCCGGCACGAGCAGCAAGUCUGCUGAAUGCACACCGUCUGACAUCGGAUACUGCGUUGACCGAGCGUGUCGCGGCGGCCUUAUUUAAACAGGGUCUCUAUGAAAAGGCAGGAGAGCUCUAUGAAAAGAUGGGAGGCAACGAACGAGCGCUUGAUGCAUACCGACGGGGGAAAGCUUUCCGUGCAGCCGUGGAUCUUGCACGCGCCGUCUUCCCGCAGGAAGUUGUCAAAUUGCAAGAGCAAUGGGGAGACCAUCUUGUGUCUCAGAAGCAAAUGGAUGGUGCCGUAAACCAUUAUAUCGAGGCUGGGCGCUCCUUUAAAGCAAUUGAGGCUGCAAUCGCUGCGAAGCAGUGGAAAAAGGCUGUUGGAAUCGUGGAUUCCCUUCAACCACAAGAAAGUGGCAAGCCCUACUUUUUGCAGUUGGCAGCACACUUUGCGGAUGUACGUGAAUACAGUCAGGCAGAAAAGUACUAUGUCAUGGCGGGACGCCCGCAAGACGCUGUGGAAAUGUACACGAAAGCCGCCAGGUGGGAUAGUGCUCAUGCACUAGCGACAACGUACAUGUCCCCAGAAGACGUGGCAUUCCUCUAUAUAUCUCAAGCCAGAGAAUUGGAAGCGCAAGGAAAGCUCAAAGAUGCAGAGAAGCUAUAUCUUACUGUUAAUGAACCGGAUCUUGCUAUCAACAUGUACAAAAAUCACAAGCAAUACGACCAGAUGAUCCGUCUGGUCACGAUGUACCACAAGGACUUGCUGGUUGAGACGCACAUUUACUUGGCAAAGUCGCUAGAGACUGAAGGCAAUUAUAAGCAAGCGGAGCACCACUAUGUUGAAGGGAAGGACUGGAAAUCGGCCAUUAACAUGUAUUGUGCAAACAAUAUGUACGAGGAGGCAUAUCGGGUUGCUAAAGCGCAUGGAGGUCCAAACUCUGCCAAGCAGGUGGCCUACCUGUGGGCAAGGUCAUUGGGAGGCGAAUCUGCCGUUAAACUCCUCAGCAAGUUUGGCCUUUUGGACGCUGCAAUCGACUUUGCUACUGAGAAUGGGGCUUUUGAUUUUGCAUUCGAGCUGAGUCGCUUUGCUGAUAAGCACAAGCUUGCGGAUGUUCAUUAUAAGCAUGCCAUGUUUUUGGAAGACGAAGGAAAGUUUAAAGAGGCGGAGCAGGCAUUUGUUCUCGCAGGAAAGCCCAAGGAGGCCAUUCUCAUGUACAUUCACAACGAGGACUGGGAUGCCUCUCUUGCGGUUGCGGAAGCUUACGAUCAGGGAAGUAUCCCCGAAGUGUUGAUAGGACAAGCAAGAGUGUCCUUUGAGCGCAAAGAAUUCUCUAAAGCAGAAUCCUUGCUUCUGCGGGCGCAAAGACCAGAAUUGGCGAUAAAGUUUUACCGGGACGGAAAGAUGUGGAAUGAGGCGAUGCGGUUUGCAAAAGAGUAUCUACCCAGCAAGAUGAACGAGCUAAACUUGGAAUAUGAUCGCUUCAUUUCGGGCAAGACGGACAAGGGCAUGGAAGACAUUGUGUCGACGGCAAAAUUGUUGGAGCAACAGCAAGAAUACUCCCGAGCCAUUGACAUGUACCUGAAACUGACUGCGACGCACACAAGCGACUAUGCCUUCCUGCAGGAAUUCUGGGAAAAAGCAGUAGAGCUUGCCAUGAAAUUUGUACCUGAGCGAGGCAACGAAGUAGUGGAAACAGUUUGUGCUCGGCUUAUUGAAAUCAAGAGAUACGAAGCCGCCGCGGAUCUAUUUGCAGGAAUGGAGAUGUACAAAGACGCGAUUGAUUCAUAUAUGCUCGCCGGAUUAUGGGAUAGGGCUAAGGAGAUGCUGGAAUACGCGCCCAAGUAUGCCGACUAUAUUGAAAAUGCAUACGUAGCGCAUCUGAAGAGUACGGGACAUGCGGAGGACUUGGUCAACGUUGAUGUCCUCGCGGCACUGGAUAUGUAUGCGCAGCGCGGUGAAUGGGACAAGUGUCUAGAGACAGCCUCUUCUCAGGGACCGGAGGCAUUGAAUAAGUAUCUUGUCUCCUACUGCGCAACGCUGAUCAAGCAGAAGAAAUAUGACAGCGCGGUCGCAACGAUCAGCAAGUAUGAUGUACCAUCCUCACCCACAAACUUUGACCUCUACACACGACUCUCUCGGGAAAUCUUCCAAAGUGGUUCAACAGAGACGAUUUCCGCCUUGCGAGAAAUGCUGUUCAAACUGGUGCAUGGCAUGUCCGUCAGUCCGCAACCUGGUAUCCCCCCAGAAUUUGAAACAUACCUGUUCAUCAGCCACCUGAUUACCAUGAAGCAUUAUUGCACCAAGAAGCGCGACCUGCUCUACUUUGCCGCGAAGCAAGCGAUUUCCACACUUCGGUAUACAAAAUAUGUACCUGCAGAUCAUGCCUUCUAUGCUGCCGGGGAAGCUGCCAAGGCAGCUGGCAUGAAUAAUAUGGCAUUUGUUUGUUGGAACCGUUUUCUGGAUAUAAGCGAAGCCAUAGAAGAAGGGGACGCCUCUAUGUUAGAAAAUGCCGACUUUCAGAAUACAGAUGUGCCUUUCGACAUAGAGCUGCCUUUGGAAAACAUGCCGGAGGCGAAGAGAGAGGAAGUUCGCGACUGGGUGUUACAAAUCUCCCUCGACCAGAAAGUGAAUCAGGAAGUCGACCGACGUGAAUGUGAUGAUUGUGGGACAAGUAUAUACGAUGCAAGCCUGUCCUGCUUUAACUGUCACGCAAAGUGGGAACCGUGUGUGGUGACUGGUUAUCCGGUUCUACGCAACAAGGCGAAAUGUAGCGCCUGCAGUCGACCGGCAAAUAAGGAUGACUGGAAUAAAUUUGUGAUGAUUGAAAGAGUGUGUCCCUGGUGUGGUAAUUCGCAAAGUCCACAAUAUUUUGCGCAUUAGAGUGGAUAAACAGUGUGUAUCUUUAUGUAAUGUACAAAUUCUUAAUACGAAGUUUCUUUAGGAG